CUUUUUUAAACUCAGAACUCAUAAACCCUAACUAACUUCUCUAUCUCGUGUCCAGCCUCCGUCCGCUAGCCUCGUUCCCGGCGAGCAUAGUUCCAGUCACGUUUUCUCCCGGCGGUUUUCCCCUGUUGCCACUGUCAUCCUGAGCGCUUGUGUUUCAUCAAAAUCUUUCUGAAGUUUCUUGCACCAAUAUGGCUCUCGCUACUGAGGGCGCAACGAAUAGUGUGAAGGCUGUGGCAUUCAGUUUUCUAACGGACGAAGAAAUACUUAAGAGUAGUCGCGUCAAGAUAACCAAUCCCAUUCUUCUUGAUACGCUCCAUUCACCUGUUGCUGGUGGAUUGUAUGAUCCUGCCUUAGGUCCUUUUCAUGAGAAAUCUCCUUGUCAAUCUUGUGGUCAAAACUCUUAUCAUUGCCCGGGGCAUUUUGGUCAUAUUGAGCUUGUUUCUCCUGUCUACAACCCUUUGAUGUUUUCUAUGCUUAGCAAUGUUCUACGAAGAACGUGUUUCUCGUGCCAUCAUUUUCAGGCUAGCAGAAAUGAGGUGGAGUUGCGUGCAAACCAGUUAGAGCUUAUUAUGAAAGGGAAUAUUGCCAAGGCAAAAAAUUUGGAUGCAAUUAACCUAGAUGAAUCCGCAGAUUUAAGUGAUGGUAAUGACAGCCAAUGUAGUAGUGAUGAGCAACUGGGAGAAAAUUGGACGUCCCUUCAAUUUAGCGAGGCAAUGUCUGUUCUAAGGAAGUUUCUAAAAAAAGAAUUCAGGAAGUGUCAAAAUUGUGGAAACAUCAAUCCUAAAAUCACUAAACCAACCUUUGGAUGGUUUCACGUGAAAGCUCUCUCAGCUGCUCAAGCCAGAGCAAAUGUUAUUUCAGGAAUUGAUGCAUCCUUGGCAAGUGAAAUAAUCCAUGAUGAUAUAUCUUUAGGAAAUGGGGAUACUACAGAUGUAGAGGAUAUUACCUCUGGUGAUACUGCAAAUAGUAAUGCAAAAAGGCAAAAUAAACUUGCUCGGCAUAAUAAACUCUCUGGGUCUUUGCUACCGUCCCAGGUUCAGGGAAUUCUAGAGCUUUUGUGGGAAAAUGAAGCUCGACUGUGCUUGUAUAUCAGUGACAUUCAAGGUCAAGGUUUUGGAAAGAAAGCCGGUCACUCAAUGUUCUUUCUAGAUAACAUUUACGUUCCACCAAUCAAAUUCCGUCCCCCAACUAAAGGAGAUGAUAAAGUGUCAGAGCAUGCUCAAACUGUUUUGUUGACUAGGGUUUUAGAGUCCAACAUAUCCUUGGGACAGGCCCAUUUAAACAAGUCAGAUGCAUCAGUGGUUCUAAGGCGGUGGAUGGAUCUUCAGCGAUCUGUAAACCUCCUAUUUGACAAUAAAACUGCUUCUGGCCAAAAAGACUUGGUUACUGGGAUAUGUCAGUUGCUGGAAAAGAAGGAAGGCAUCUUUCGCCAGAAAAUGAUGGGAAAGAGAGUUAAUUAUGCAUGCCGCUCUGUCAUUUCACCAGAUCCUUAUUUGGCAGUCAAUGAAAUUGGGAUUCCUCCUUAUUUUGCUCUGAGGUUAACAUAUCCUGAGAGAGUGACUCCUUGGAAUGUAGUUGAAUUAAGGAAUGCUAUCCUAAAUGGUCCUGAAACCCAUCCUGGUGCUACCCUCUAUGCUGAUAAAACAUCAACACUCAAGCUUCCACUAGAUAGGAGGUCACGUUCUUUGACAUCAAGGAAAUUACAAUCCUCAAGAGGGGUUAUCAUGCAUAAUGGGAAGAUACAUGACAAUGAAUUUGAAGGAAAAGUUGUGUAUCGUCACUUGAAAGAUGGUGAUGUAGUGCUUGUCAACCGACAGCCCACGCUUCAUAAACCUAGUAUAAUGGCACAUGUAGUUCGUGUUCUAAAGGGGGAGAAAACAGUACGCAUGCAUUAUGCGAACUGCAGUACAUACAAUGCUGAUUUUGAUGGUGAUGAGAUUAAUGUUCAUUUUCCUCAAGAUGAAAUUUCACGUGCUGAAGCUUACAAUAUUGUAAAUGCCAACAACCAAUAUGUGAAGCCUACAAGUGGUGAUCCAAUCAGAGCCUUGAUUCAGGAUCAUAUUGUAAGUGCUGCUCUUCUCACAAAAAAAGAUACCUUUUUGAGCUGUGAAGAGUUCAAUCAACUUCUCUACAGUUCUGGUGUAUCAAUGACUGGGAUGGGCCCUUUCCCUGGCAAACCAGGACAGAAAAUUUUCAUGUCAAACUCUGAUAGUGAAAUGUUUCUGUUUCCUCCGGCAAUAUUCAAGCCAGAGCCAUUGUGGACAGGGAAACAGGUUAUCAGUGCAUUGCUAUACUAUAUCACUAAAGGUUCCCCACCAUUUACUGUUGAGAAGAAUGCAAAAAUCCCAUCUAGUUUUUUUAAGACUCGAAUGAGGGAGGGAAAAAAACGUACUAAAGAUACAUCAAUAAAGAAGGAUGAGCCCGAUGAGGAUAAAUUGUUGAUAUAUAGAAAUGAUUUGGUGCGUGGUGUAGUUGAUAAGGCUCAAUUUGGUGAUUAUGGAAUUGUGCAUACAGUGCAAGAGUUUUAUGGCUCAAAUACUGCUGGCAUUCUGCUUUCGGCAUUAAGUAGAUUAUUCACAAACUUUUUACAGAUGCAUGGGUUCACAUGUGGGGUUGAUGAUCUUCUGUUAACAGAAGGAAAGGAUAGUGAAAGAACAAAUCAACUUGAAAGCUGCGAGGAAAUUGGUGACAUUGUUCAUCGUGAAUUCAUUGGAGUCAUGGAGGGUGAUAAUAUAGAUCCAAUCACGAUGCAGUUGAAUGUUGAGAAAAAAAUACGCAGUAACGGAGAAGCAGCCAUAACAUACUUAGAUAGGAAGAUGAUAAGUAAUCUUAACUCCAGAACAAGCACUGGGGUAUUGAAGGUGCUACUCUCUGAAGGAAUAUUAAAACCCUCAGGAAAAAAUUGGAUUUCUCUUAUGACUACAUCUGGAGCUAAGGGCAGUAUGGUCAAUUUCCAGCAGAUAUCUUCUCAUCUUGGCCAGCAAGAGUUGGAAGGAAAACGAGUCCCACGUAUGGUUUCUGGAAAGACCUUACCAUGCUUUACAUCAUGGGAUUGUUCGCCCAGAGCAGGAGGAUUCAUUAUUGAUCGGUUUCUUACAGCUCUUCGUCCACAGGAAUAUUACUUUCAUUGUAUGGCUGGUCGAGAAGGGUUAGUUGACACUGCAGUCAAAACAUCUAGAAGUGGUUACCUGCAAAGAUGUCUAAUGAAAAACCUCGAGUGUCUUAAAGUUUGUUAUGAUCAUACUGUCCGUGAUGCUGAUGGUUCAAUUAUCCAGUUUCACUACGGAGAAGAUGGUGUGGAUGUUCAUCAAACUAGCUUUAUCAAUAAAUUUGAAGCAUUGUCAACUAACAAAGAGUUGGUUUACAGCAACUGUUGCCGUGAGCUAGAUAAAUCCAGUCCAUAUAUUAACAAGUUGCCUGAUGCUCUUAAAGGAAAAGCAGAAAAAUUCAUUCUGGAUUCCUCUUCAAAACAAAGAAAUUCUGGUUCAAUGACACACACGAAUUUCCUGCAUUUGAUGGAACACAAGUACGUCUCAAGUCUUGCUCAACCAGGUGAGCCAGUUGGUGUGUUAGCUUCUCAGUCUGUUGGUGAACCUGCAACUCAGAUGACUUUGAAUACUUUCCACCUUGCUGGUCGAGGUGAAAUGAAUGUGACUCUUGGUAUUCCACGUUUGCAAGAGAUCCUGACGGCAGCCUCUGCUCACAUCAAGACUCCCUUUAUGACAUGCCCCCUGAGACCAAAUAAAUCUAUGGAAGAUGCUAUUCGCCUUGCUGACAAAAUGAAAAAGAUUACUGUAGCUGACAUAAUUGAGAGUAUGAAAGUUUCUGUUGUACCAGUAACUGUUCAAGAUGGUCGCAUUUGCAGUAUAUAUAAGCUUAUGAUGAAGCUGCAUAAACCUAAACACUAUCCAAAAUACACUGAUGUUACGCUUAAAGACUGGGAAGAAACUCUUAGAGUUUCCUUUGUGAGAGGGUUGGAGGAUGCAAUAGAAAACAACAUUGCACUACUGGCUAAAAUUAGUGGCAUAACAAAUUUUAAGACAGAUGCACAACCAAAUUCUUCAAACGGUGCAGAAGAUGAUCCUAGCAAUGGUAAAACUAAUGAUGAUGAUGAUGAUGACGGUGAUGCUGACGACACAGAGGGGGCUGAAGAUCUCGGUUUAGAUGCUCAAAAGAGUAAGCGACAAGUUGUGGAUGACGUUGAUUACGAUGAUGGUCCUGAAGAGGAAACACUUGAAGAUGGUGAGCUGUCAGAGGACUUGGAAGGUGUUGAGGAUGCCAAAGAUAAUGAGUAUGUAAAAGAUGAUGGGGAUGGCAAAGAUGAUGAGGAUGGAAAAGGUGAUGAGGAUGGCAGUGAUAUUGAAGUUAAUGAGAAUGAUAAAAAGGUGACACUUGGUGCCAAUUACUCUCAAGGACCUGAAGAAAAUUCGAAAUCUCAACCUGUGAGCAAAAAAUUUGACAGGAGAGUUUAUGUAAAAUUUGAGAAGAGGCAUUUUGAGAUCCACUUUAAAUUUACGGGUGAACCUCACAUAUUGUUGGCUCAGAUUGCUCAGAAAACAGCCGAGAAGGUUUGUAUCCAGAACUUUGGAAAAGUUGGUCAAUGUAAAGCUAUUACAUGUAAAGAAAGUGGUGUAAUCUACUAUGGUGAAGAUGAUAGUAAAAGAGAAGAAAUUCCCUCAUCAGUGAAAGAGAAAAUACCAGCACUUCAAACAUCUGGCAUACAUUUUAAAUCAUUUUGGGAGAUGCAAGAUGAUCUUAAUGUUAGGUAUGUUUAUUCAAACAACGUGCAUGCUAUUCUAAGCACUUACGGGGUGGAAGCAGCCAAAGAAACCAUCAUCAGGGAAGUACAAAACGUUUUCAAGUCUUAUGGAAUAUCGGUAAAUAUCCGACACUUGAUGCUUAUUGCUGACUUUAUGACACACUCCGGUUGCUAUCGCCCUAUGAGCAGAAAGGGGAGCAUAGCAGAUUCUACAUCCCCGUUCCUCAAAAUUUGCUUCGAGACAGCAUCAAAUUUCAUUGUUGAAGCAGCUUGUCACGGGCAGGUGGACAAUUUGGAUUCUCCUUCUGCUAGAAUUUGUCUUGGUUUGCCAGUAAAGAUGGGAACUGGGUGCCAUGAAUUGAUACAGAAGCUGGAAACAUGAUGUAGCUAGUAUGUUCCUCAGCUUUAGAUCUCUCUGCCCAUCUACAAAUUUUGACAUCAUACUGUACAACUACUACGUGCAUAUUUUUUAUGGCUGGAAAGUAAUUAUUUGUUUGCAGGUGUAUUAAUAUAGUUUGAAAUGUCAUAAUAUCAUAUUACCUAUCAAAUAUAAGUUAUUUAGAAAGAAAACAAGCCACGUAGACAUGUAUCUCUUAGUGCAAUGAUUUUGUGGCUUUGGACAGCCAAACUUGCAAUGGACCUUGCUGAUAAUUGUUUGACUUCAUUGUAGCAGUUCUUAUUGUUUGAUUCAUCAAGCUGUUUCUAUUAUAGUUAAUGGUUAACACA